GCGGCUCACGUGAGCGGCGGGCAGAGUAGUAAGCCGGGGGCCGCGGGAGCCGCUCCGGGAAGGGCUGCCGGGCUGCCUCCGCCUCCUCGCUGGCCGGCAGGCGGGCGGGCUGGCUGGCUCCCUCCGCCGGGGCAGCGCGGCUCCGGAGCUGGAUGGCGUGGCCGCCGGGGCCCCCGCACGCGGGCUGGGGCGAGCUGGAGUGUGCUGCUUUAGUUGGGGAAGACCAACCUCUCUGUCCAGACCUUCCGGAACUUGAUCUCUCCGAAUUAGAUGUCAACGAUCUGGAGGACAGCGGCUUCCUGGGUGGGCUUAAGUGGUACAGUGACCAAUCGGAAAUCAUCUCCCAUCCGUAUCCUAAUGAGACAUCCAACAUAUUUGAGAAGAUAGAUGAAGAGAACGAAGCAAACUUGCUAGCGGUCCUCACCGAAACGUUGGACAGUAUCCCAGUGGACGAAGAUGGAUUGCCUUCCUUCGAUGCCCUGACAGAUGGAGAUGUGACCAGCCAAAAUGAGGCCAGCCCUUCAUCAGUGGCUGACAGCACCCCCCCACCUCAGGAGGCCGAAGAGACGUCUCUACUUAAGAAGCUCUUGCUAGCUCCAGCCAACAUCCAGCUAAACUACAAUGAAUGCAGCGGCCUGGGCACGCACAAUCAUGCAAACUCCAAUCACAGGAUCAAAACAAGCCCUGUGGUGGUCAAGACCGAGAAUCCAUGGAGCAAUAAAGUGAAGAGCAUCUGCCAGGCGCAAAAGCCACAGAGACGCCCAUGCUCAGAACUUCUCAAGUACCUGACCACCGGUGAUGACCCCGGUCAGGCCAAACAGACGGAAAACAGGAACAGCAACAGGGACAAAUAUUCUUCUAAAAAGAAGGCACUGUUGCACUCUCAGACGCACCACUUGCAAGAGAACGAAUGUUAUGGGGCACCUGCUAAGCAGACCAAAUCAAUGAAUUUAUCGCUUCCGUUGACGCCUGAAUCGCCAAACGAUCCGAAGGGUUCCCCAUUUGAGAGCAAGGCCAUCGGACAAAGCUUAAGUGUGGAACUCUGUGGAACUGCAGGCCUAACUCCACCUACCACCCCUCCUCAUAAGAGCAGCCAAGACAAUCCUUUUGGGACUUUGCCAAAGCCCACGGUGUCAUGCCAGACUGUUAUGCCACCUUCCCCAAAACCUCGCUGCAGUGACUCUUCCAUCUCUCAAGGACGCAAUUUGUUCUGGAAGGGUCCGGAGCAGUCGGAGCUAUAUGCCCAGCUGAGCAAGACCAGUGUGCUGCCCGGGGGCCGUGAGGAGAGGAAGGCGAGGCGGGCUGGCUUGCCACUCUUCGGUGACCACGAUUACUGUCAGUCGGCCAUUUCUAAGACAGAACGAUGCGUCAACCGCUCCCUGGAACUUCAGAAUCCCCAUCAGGAAUUUGAAUUCUCAGGCUGCCUGUCCGGCUAUGAGUGGUGCCACAUUUGUUCCUCCUUUGAGCAGAACCGCCAGGAGGAUGAGCGAGAAACUUCGCAGGCGAGGAAACAGGACUUACCGUGCAACAGCCGGAAACAGCUGCAAGACCAGGAAAUCCGGGCUGAACUCAACAAGCAUUUUGGUUACCCUAGCCAAGCGGUUCUCGAGGAAGAGAUGAAUAACACCAGCCAUCUGAGGGAGUACAGUCACUACAGCGAUGAACAGUUCUCUAAGCUAUCCAUGUUUAUCAAUUCGGGACUAGCGAUGGAGGGUUUUUGGGACGACGACGAAGCGGAAAAUGAAAAGCUGUGCUGCUCGUGGUACGGGACGCAAGGCUGCACCUUAUUUGAUACGUCACCUUCUUGCUCAUCCCAGAAUUCUCCAUGCAGAGACUUGGAGUCUCCACCCAACUCAUUUGCUCAACGGUUCCAGAGGCUAUGCGCUCAGUCGAGGUCCUUCCCACAGUGCAGGCAUUGCGCCCACUCUCCGUAUUCCCGUUCAAGAUCACGGUCGCCUGGCAAACGCUGCUCCUCGAGAUAUGACAGCUAUGAGGAAUAUCAGCAUGAGAGGCUGAAGAGGGAAGAAUAUCGCAAAGAAUACGAGAAACGGGAAUCCGAAAGGGCGAAGCAGAGAGAAAGAGAGAGGCAGAAAGCAGUGGAAGAACGUCGCGUCAUUUAUAUUGGUAGAAUUGGACCUGGCUUUACCCGAAGGCAACUGAGGGACCGGUUUGAAGUGUUUGGUGAAAUUGAGGACUGUACAAUGAAUCUACAGGACGAUGGAGAUAGCUAUGGAUUCAUCACUUACCGCUAUACUUGUGAUGCCUUUGCUGCACUAGAAAAUGGAAAUACUCUACGCAGAUCCAAUGAACCUGCCUUUCAGCUGUAUUUUUGUGGACAGAGGCAACGCUGCAAGGCUAACUAUGCAGAUCUUGAUUCAGACGACUUUGAUCCUGCUUCUACUAAGAGCAAGUACGACUCCAUGGAUUUCGAUAGUUUACUUCGAGAGGCGCAAGGCAGCUUCCGAAGGUAACGCGCGACGCGGCGAAGAAGAACGGAAAAAGGUGCCACAAACACGUCCUUCGGUCAUAGCCCGUAAAGAAGUCAUUACUCACACAUACACCACCUCCUCUGCGUCCUCCCUCACGGAAACAUGGUUUACACGGACGAGGAACGGAGAGGCAGCUGGGGCCGAUCACAACAGUCGUGUCAUACUCUCUUAAGUUCCAGCGCUGCUUUUCCAGGUGGUGAAUGAGGUUGUGGGUUUUAGUCUUCGUUGUGGCGGCAGUUCCAUAGAGAACCGAGUCCAAACAAACUUAGAAAAUAUGUACAGAACGGCAUUUUUCCAAAUGAAGCAAUUUGAAACUUUUAGCUGCCGGCAUCUAAGAUAACACACUGUGUUUUGGUGCUUUAUUUUAUUUUAUUUUUUAAAAAUUCCCUUAAAGCGAGCUUCCCACACCGGGUUGUUUUAAUAGGAUGACAAUCUUUAAAGAGAACUGCAGAUACCGCAAAACCCACGGUCCAUUCUUGUGUUGUUGUCAGGGGAGGAAAAAAAAACAAAAAAACAACACCAGUGGAAGGUGGAAAAACAUCUGGAGGAUUUUAAAUGUUUGCUGUUUUAAUUAUGACUUCCAUUUUUCUUUUUCUUUUAUUAACCAUCAGCGUGCGGAAUAGGUUUUUUUUCUUUUCUUUCUUUCUUCCUUGAUGAACCGACACGGUGUUACUUUACAGAACAGCCAAGGGUAAUAACCUUCAUGGAGGAAAGGAGAAAAGAAUUUACAGUUAGAUGACCGACUACAUUUGACAAUGUAGUCCAGUAUUUACCCUUGUUCAAUGGAGUAUUUUUAUUUUAUGUACAUAGCUUAUGGGAAUACAAUGCGCGCUCUCUCCCUAUCUCUCUUUUGGUUGGAGCUAUGCACUGUAAAUGCAGCGUCCUUUUAAAAAAAAACACACACAACCUGCUGACUUUUUUCUUAAUCGAGAAUAUUCAAAUGUAAUUAUACAAGGCGAAACAAUAUUGUACACUAACGCAUUUAGAAAGCUGAACUUAACGCUUAUCUAUAUUUGAUUGUUAAAAAACUAAAAAUAAAAAGUGAAGCGGGCGAGUGAAUGUAUGAAUGUGUGCACUGGAUGCGGGGGAAAUGCUGACGCUUUUUGCCAUAUCUUUCUUCCUUUCCUUUAAUUAUCGGAAUUCAGACAAAGUUAAGAAUAUUCAAACUUGCCUCCUUACACAAUGAGCAGACGAGCCUCUGUCUGUCUUUUAUCCCUUUUCCCAGCCAUGUGAUUGUUAUUUGUGCUGGUAAAGCAGGUCGAGUAAGGAUGUAUGGCAGUGUUUCUCAACCUUGACCAUUUUAAGGCGUGUGGACUUCAACUCCCAGAAUUCCACAGCCAGCAUUGCUGGCUUUGGAAUUCUGGGAGUUGAAGUCCACAUGCCUUAAAAUGGUCAAGGUUGAGAAACACUGAUGUAUUGGGACAUAGAUAUAGAUUAGAGAUUCACAAAGCCUUCUGUUCUUCUUCUGGACCACACAGUGUAGCCGUUGCAGGUGACAAAAGCUGUCUUCCAACUACAAUGGGCUGGAUUUGAGGAUUAACUUCUGGAAAGCUGCAGGACCCUAAAACGUCAAAUGGGAGCAGAGCAGAAGAGAAGUGGGAUUAUCCUGAAGGAAAGAAGUUCUCUAGAACUUGUGGGCCAGGAAGUAACCCAGACCUGAUAAAGACAUUUAUUUAUUUAUUUUCCUCUAUAUUCAUAUCGGACGUGAAAUUGGAGUCUUCCAACCUCUUAACUAAUGUUCUAAAUAGGAUCUACAGAACUCCGAUCAAAUAUUCCUGGUCUGACUUGCUGAAAACACGUCUGUCUGGAUUUGAAUUGGGAAUUGGGUAUGUCUAGUUUAAUGAAAAGGAGAACUAGGGAUGAUAUGAUACAGUAGCAGUCUUCUAAUAUUUGAGGGGCUGCCCUAAAGAAGAGGGAGGUCAAGCUAUUCUCCAAAACAAGGA